AUGGCUUCAAAGGUGUCCUGUCUAUAUGUUUUGACAGUCGUGUGCUGGGCCAGUGCCCUCUGGUAUCUGAGUAUAACUCGUCCCACUUCUUCCUACACUGGCUCCAAGCCAUUCAGCCACCUAACAGUCGCCAGGAAAAACUUCACCUUUGGCAACAUAAGAACUCGACCUAUAAACCCACAUUCUUUUGAAUUUCUUAUAAAUGAACCCACCAAAUGUGAAAAGAACAUUCCUUUCCUUGUUAUCCUCAUCAGCACCACCCACAAAGAAUUUGAUGCCCGCCAGGCAAUCCGAGAGACGUGGGGGGAUGAGAACAACUUCAAAGGGAUCAAGAUAGCCACUCUCUUCCUCCUGGGCAAGAACGCUGAUCCUGUUCUGAAUCAGAUGGUGGAGCAAGAGAGCCAAAUCUUCCACGACAUUAUUGUGGAGGACUUUAUUGACUCCUACCAUAACCUUACCCUUAAGACAUUAAUGGGAAUGAGAUGGGUGGCCACUUUUUGUUCAAAAGCCAAGUAUGUCAUGAAAACAGACAGUGACAUUUUUGUAAACAUGGACAACCUUAUUUAUAAACUACUAAAACCCUCCACCAAGCCAAGGAGAAGGUAUUUUACUGGCUAUGUCAUCAAUGGAGGACCAAUCCGGGACGUCCGCAGUAAGUGGUAUAUGCCCAGGGAUUUGUACCCUGACAGUAACUACCCACCAUUCUGUUCGGGGACUGGCUAUAUCUUUUCAGCUGAUGUGGCUGAACUCAUUUAUAAGACUUCACUCCACACAAGGCUGCUUCACCUUGAAGAUGUAUAUGUGGGACUGUGUCUUCGAAAACUGGGCAUACAUCCUUUCCAGAACAGUGGCUUCAAUCACUGGAAAAUGGCCUAUAGUUUGUGUAGGUAUCGCCGAGUUAUCACCGUGCAUCAGAUCUCUCCGGAAGAAAUGCACAGAAUCUGGAAUGACAUGUCAAGCAAGAAACAUCUCAGAUGUUAG